UGUUUAAAAAAAAGCCCUUGAUGAUCCAUUGAGACACCCGGAAAGCAUAACCUAGUCCAAAGAAUUAAAUAUUGUGCUGACAAGGUACGUUUUAAUCAGAAGACUUCAACCGCACUACUUACAGACACAUGUAACCGUAUCUAACCUUGACGGGUUAGCUUCCUGUAUUGGACGUAAUACCGUGCCUGUGUCCUGUCCGGCUGUGUCUGAAACACGUUCUGCCCUAGCCCGAAGCACGUUUGGGUGGAUGCUGAUAGCGCGAGCGACCAUUACACACCCUUACACAUUGACACUAAGCCGAGCUCGCUCAAAAUGCCCUUUCUAGAGGGAGCGACAACAAAGGGGGAGAGGAUUGUUGUUUUGAAAGAAAGCAAUACCCUCUCUGAAACCCGUUUCUUGAGACAAACACAAAAAAGGGCUUUCUGUUCUGUCACGUUCGAUGCCCGGUUUGCGAUGAGGUACGGGAAACCCUCGCUUCACGGCCGUACAAUCGACCGGCAAUUUCCAAUCGUCUGGAAAUCCCUUUGAUUGAUUUGAAACGGUCAACAGGAACCUACCGGUUGGCGGGGUUGGCUGGUGUGAGCAAUACCCCGUGGCCGUCAAUCUGGACAGUCGAUAGAGCGAUGAACAAUCCAACUCUUUUUGUGUGUUUGAUUUUCUUGCCUGUAUGUGUUGUACGCUGUCCUGCUACUAGUGAUUUGUCUCAAUAUCACAGUCACAGGCAAUAAUAUGUCGCAUGUUGUCGCAAUUUGCAUACAACCCUGGUAGGAGCGCCGCCAGCCCGCCAGCCAGCCAGCCAGCCUGCCACCCUUUUACGGUAGUCGCUGCUGAUGUACGUUUUACAACGCGCGGUAAAUGAUAAAUAAUUUAAACGAUUUAAUUGAAGCAUGUGAUUGGGGAUUUGCGUCGUUGUCACUGUCAGUUGGUGUGUGUGCGUGUGUGUACGGGAAUGUCUGUAUAGCAAGAUUGCCUGGGAGGGGACACCGAUGGACAACCAGAGCAGACGACGCUGCUGCGUGUUUGUUGAUGGAAACAAUUUGUUUUGGUGUCAUGUUUUUUAAGCGUGUGAAAUUACUUUUUGCUAUGAACGAUCACUCGGUUCAAACAAUCUGCUGCUCUUUCCUUCCGGGAAUGCAUUAAGCGUCCUCACUGAGAGAGCUUUGUGCGCUCUUUCUUGCCUCGGGUGUGAUAAGAUAGAGGGAAGGUUAGGGCUUAAUGUUGUGCCCACACCCGAGAUGACCUGGUGGAGGAUGUUUUCUCGCAUUCUGGAAAGCAGAAUACAACACACAGACCGUGAUCUCACCAACGCAUCAUGCAGUCGGAGACAGGGAUGAUGCACUGAAAAACGAAGUGUUAUCGGCAUUGGUGGCGAUUCGUUGUGGCAGUCAGUGCUAAUCUCAGAGAAUUGAAGUGAUGAGGAGGUUGCAUUGAGUGGUGCGAUGUGUACUACAAGAAGUACUUUAUUGGGGUUUCCAGGGAUCCUCAUAGUUGUGGGACACUUCCUUGACUCUAUCCUUUUGGAAGUGAAGUUUAUUUGACGGGAAUUGGGCUAUAUGGCACCCUUUUUGGACAGGGUGCCUUGGAAAUUCCUAUUGGGUCCAAUUCCCAUGACAUAGAUUCCUUUGCCAGGUAGAAAGAGUCACUAAAGUGCUCCAAAACUAUGAAAACUCCUCGAAAAGCCUGUAUAAUCCAAUGGAGAUAUUGGGGAACAUAAUUGUUCACUCGUUUAAGCCGAUCUCCAAAAUCAUCUGCUUGAAGUCGGGUCAUUCCACACAAACACUCGUUGCAUAAGAUUCAAAUGAAAAUGUCAAAGAUUUCCUCUCUAAUUAGGAAUCUCAAGCCCCCUCAUCACCCACCCUCUCGAUGUCUCACGGGGUUUGUCUCCCAACAUCGGAAACCCAUUAAUUCGCGGUAGCCUCGAAUAUUUUUUCCGAUUCCACACGAAAAUCCAUGGCAAACAGGUGUGUGUUGUUGUCGCCCGCUUUUAUUCGGAUGACUUUCACUGGGUCUUGGGGUGCAGUAUGUGUGCGCGCCCUGGUUAAGUUAUUCCGGCCGCUUCCAACCUUCCCUGCAUGUAACCAAGCCGUCCGUUGUUGUUGUCCUCAGCCGUACGAUAUGGCGCGUUGUGAUAGGCUUUAUUCUCCCUCUCUCUUUCUUUGUGAUCCGUUGGACCCGUUGGACCCGCUGGACCAGCUGCGCUUAUCGCGGGUCAGCAAAGCCAGCAAGGGGUUGGCUGGGGCGGCGCUUACCUCUUAAAAUUGGAUGGCCAUCGUCACCGUCAUUAGCCUUCACGGGCGUGAAGAGGAGGGCAGCUACGGGAAAGUGGCUACUCCUCCCCGGUAAAGGGUGGUUCGGAGUCUUGAACAACACCCGGGAAGUGGUGUAACAGGUUCAACUGCUGCUGUCGUCGUAUGUCGUCGAUGGCGUUUGCAGACAGAGAUACACCGUUUCGGAAGACCCUUCACUGGCCACAAGUGGGGUUUGGUGGUUUUGGGGUGUAAAAACGUGUCAUCUACCCAAACGCGAAGAUGCGUAAGAUGCUUGCGCACGGAAACAAAGGCACGAAGGAGGAUUGCAAGGAAUGUUAAAAACAGGCUCUUCGCUGGUGGACGUCUGGUGCAGGUUGAGAUGAACGCUACAAGGUGGUGCAAUUCCAUCCCCACCCUAGUACACGCUUUCAGAGCCCAUAGAUCGUCCAUUAAUAUUACGAAUCGCGAGAUUGUCGACACAAUGGGCGAGCAACUUGUGCCUCUCAUUAUAUUUUGACCCGUCUUGGCGCUCGCUAGUGGCAUUGGUGUGCGUCAAAACAUGCGUGCUUGGCUGGGUGCUGCUGGGUGUAUUGGUGUGGGAUUAGCGGGGGUUGUGUGGUCGUCUUGGUCGAUUCCCUCACCCCCUCAAAACACGGGGGUUGCGCGAUAGUAUUCGGGGUGUUGAUCACUCUCACUGACCACGAUGUGUACGGUUCGCCCGCUCUCCGUUUAGGCUCUCCUGGCCUGGAUUGAUUGCGCGGGGGUAAUACACUAGCACACUUAACACCCUUAUGUGUGUGUGUGUGUGUGUGGCGGAGCCAUUUUGACGGUGGUGUUGAUACGCACACACCCCGAUGCGGAAUGCGUUUGUGUUUGUUUCAGGGUUUCAGCAAAAUGCGCCGUCACCCACCCUGCCCUGCUUCGGGGGAUGAGAAAUCGAAUCGAAAUCACCUUUAGAACCAUCACCAAUACCAAUAGCUGGUGCUGCUGGUGCUGCUGAGGGUGUCCGGUGGCGGCGGCGCCAUCACAAAACAGGCUCAAUCAGUUACACUCAGUCGAUCGUUUGAGUCGCGUGUCCGCGUGGUUGCGCUAGCGCUUGCGUAAAGCUUUGCCUGCGUUGCUUAUUCUUCUGAUUGGUGCCGUUUGGUUUGGUGUGGAAGCUUCUGUGCUUUGUUUUUACUUCGGCAGGCGAUUAUUCAAACAAAUACGACAAGUGUUCUAAUUGAAUUACACAGUUUACGCGCACACGACAUUUUUAGAAAGGAAAAGUGCGCGUGAAACUUACCACACCAGAGUGUGUGCGUGCGUGUCCCGUGUCCGUGUCGCUUCGGUGAGCGGAGGUGUAUGAAGCAAAAGAAGGUCGUCCGCUGUCGUCUGGUGUUUGCCGGUGGAGCGAUACCAGGACCCGGAAGUUUCAUGUAAAAAGUGUGUUUGUGUGUGCGGGAUCCUAACCCCUUUUUCGCGCCCUGUAGCAACGGGGCUGGCAAGAUUGGGCAUACAGUGCUACCGCUACCACCCGUGAGCAUGAGCGUCGUGGCCGUCGUUGCGGUGGCCUAUCGAUACACUUGGAAUCGCGAGAUCGUGUUCAACUCCCAGAAGCUGGUGAAGAGACGACCGGUGGCGUUGGUGCGUACCGUGCUUGCUGCUGCCGUCUGAGUCCUUCCGAGCGAGCUAGAGAGAGAGAGAGGAAGAGAGGAAGAGAAGAAGAGGGCAAUCAAACAUAGCACAGUCCAAGGACCUUUAGCACGAGUCGAAACCCCAUUACGCUUGUACAACGGCCAAUGCUUUUUUGAGUAGGAAAACGCCACGUAAAACGUGCAGAAUUAAACGAACACUUUUGUGAAUUGAGAAGGAAACGUAUAUAGGGACAAUAAUUAAAGAAAGCUCUCUUUUUUGCAGUUUUAGUACGGUUUUAGAGUUAUUAAAUCUUUCUCCGGAGGCAAAGAGGCAUUACGAAAAACAACAACAACAACAACAACAAACCUCCCCCCAAAAAGAAGAGAGUUAAGGAUACACGAAAAUAGACAAAACUGCAAACCGAGGGAUCUUGCCAAUACUCAAAACCACUAACACCCACCCACCCUGUGUGCGUGUGUGUUUAAUAUUGAAAUAUUUUAUUUCUCAUUUGGUGUGCGCAAACAAUAUCUGUGAUUGAAAAUUGCUGUGUGUUUUUUUAUUAAUACGUUUAAACCAUAAUUUGUUUGCUUGUUUUGUUGUUAACGAUCAUUAGACGAUUUGCUUAAAUUUUAGUACGAUUUUGUAGUGCGGUAAAGUCUCUCUCAGCGCCGGCGUACACACACAGACAGAGGUUGACUCACAGUCUCGGGGGUUAGUGGGUGAGUGUGUGUGAGCUUUUGGUGGUGUGGCCGCCACUGUUUUGCCGUUUCGUUAUCCUUUCUUUAUAAGGUUUUGUUGGUACCUUUUUGGCAGCAUUAAUAUUUCCAAUUUUUGCCACUCGAUUCUUGCCCGGAGGAGAAAGAAAUAGCAUUAGCGCAUUGUCGAAAAACCAAUUGUGAAAUUCUUUUGUGCCCAUAUUUUCGAAUCCCUGGUGGAUAUUGCUUAUAAGCAGCAGAGGUUUAGUCAUAGGAAGCAUAUAUACAUUUUUAAACUUUAGUGUGAUUGCACUGUUGCGAGAUUAAUUUUAGAGAGUAGAAGUAGUCAUUAGUAGCACUUGAACCGCGUAAAUUAGAUUGUUUGUCAUUGUUCUAACUCGGACGACGGUACGAGUGAAGCGCGAGAGAGAGCAGCAGGACAGGAAGCAAUAAAGCAGUAAACACGCACACACAUACGAUACGAGCUGUCUCAAGGAGCCUCUCGAGCAGGAGGGUCUUUAGAUAUAGACAUCGGAAGACGUUCAAUUCACUUCGUAACAGGUGAAAGGAAGGAACUUUAGCCAUCAGAGUAGGGGAUAGACAAUAGAGAACGGCUUGUGGGUAGGAAUUGGCGGCAGCAGCAAAGCUUCGACAAAUCAACCCACACGGCUUACACAAACCCCUUCGAGCGGGGUUAUCCCUACGAGAUGAUGAAUGUCUACGAUCUAUGUUACGAUGACAAGGUGAAGAUAUCGUCCAGCGAGUCCGAGCUGCUUGCCGCCAGCUAUGGCGCGUUGCCGACCGUUGUGGAGGAUGAAUUCUACCCGUUCACGCUGCAGCCGGAGGCGAAGGGCAGCAAUGGGGCCGGACCGGAGCUGAUGAUGGAGUUUGACUGUCCCGGGGCCGGCAGCUUGGAGCUGAUGAGCCAGCUGACACCGCCGCAAACGCCGCCCCAAACGACGGCCUUCGGUGGUGUUGUCGGUACCGUCCUGCCCAUGCAGACCCAGCUACCGUUGCCGCAACAGCAGCUAGCGCAGCAGUUCCAACCCCUGUACGCUCCACUGUCGAAUCCGGAACUGUUGUUGCCGCAGCAGCAGCAGCAACAGGUUCCGUUCGUCCAGGGCACUAACGUGCUCUCGACCGGCUACUACAUCGUGGACGAGUAUGCCACCAUGACGCAGAUCGGUGCUGGUGGCAUGCAGCAGCAGCCGCAGCAGCAGCAACAACAAACCGUCACGAUGGAACCGUUGCAGCAGGUACCGGCCGACAUCGGGUCCGCUCCGUUCCACUUUAGCGAAAACUACACGCCCCAGCAGCUGAGCGAGAUGGCCAACAUCGUGCGCAGUCUGCAGAUGGACGAUGAUUCGUUCCAGGGCGGCGAUGACGAUGACGAUUCGUGUGCCGGAUUUUCCGAGACCGGUUCGGUCGAGAAUGGUGCCGAUUCGCUGUCGUCAGCUUCGUCGGCUUCCUCGCUGGUCGCCCACUCGCCCGUGUACAGCGAUUCGGCCGAAUCGUCCGGAUAUUACGGUAGCCGGCACGAUGAGGCCGCCGCCACCGCCGACGACGACGACGAUGACUGGAGCCCGUCGAAGACGAAGAAGCUGUGCGUCCGGAACGGCGGUGCCGUCACGAAAAAGCGUACCGGCGGCAGCACCACCACCCGCACGUACGGUGGCCGCGCGCCGGAGGAGAAAAAGUCCCGCAAGAAGGAGCAAAACAAGAACGCGGCCACGCGCUACCGGCAGAAGAAGAAGGCCGAAAUCGAGGAGAUUCUUAUUGAGGAGAGCAAGCUGCGCGAAAGGAAUGACGAGCUGAAGCGCAAGUCGCAGGAUCUGGGGCGCGAGAUCAGCUGCAUCAAGAAGCUGAUGCGCGAGUUUUGCCGUAGCAAGGGUUUGAUCUAACAGAAGCAAAAGCUAAAAAAAGCGAUUCAAAACAUUUUCCAUUUGUAAAACAGUCAAGUAAAAGUAAAAAAAGCAGUAAAAGAUAAUUAUUGUUUGUAUCUCUCGUACCCCAGUUAUAGUUUACACGCAAAAGCAGUUUGCCUGCAAAAUAAAGCAAUAUUAAAAUCAGGAGCUCAAUCAGUAAUCGCUACCGAGCUAACGGCAAACUUGGAGAGAGCAGCGCUCCAGAGCGCCACCAGAACAACCAUUAAAAUACUUACUUCGCGUACCUUCUUCGUGUAGAGACAGUCCUAGCGAUCGUCGUUAUUUUAAACAUGCAUCCAUGCAUCCAUGCUAUAUGUCCGAGCCGAAGCUACCCUUUCUUAGGUGAGGUAUGAGGAGGACCCCAAGGACACCUCUAUAACGCACCUAAGCAGGGGUAGAAGAGGAUGGAUCAUGAUGGAUGCAUUUUAGACUUUAACAACAACAAAACUCCAUAUCUUCAUUCCUUUCGCGUCGGCUUAGUGUAAGCAGCGCAAACGAAUGCGCCGGUCUGAUCCCGAGCUCGACACUCAGUUUUAGAGGAACACGGUCGUGAGAAGUCGAAGAAUCUUAGCAGAGGCAGAGAGAGAGAGAGAGAGUAGAGGGUUUUGUAGUCCCAUAGAGGAGGUGGCUUUGGUAGUUGGGGGGUGAAAGGCAAUCGUUAUACCCAAGUGUGCCGGACACUUUGUCGCGCCAAUGCCGCCACCGGGGUUCGUCGUCUAGUUCUAUCGAUCUUACCCAUCAUCGACCAUUUGCAGUUAAUCGUAGGAGAAUGUCGGUGGAAAUUGCGAUUUUCACGUUGAGAUCGGAUUACGCAUACGUCGCUAGUUGACGCCAUUUAUUGUACGGCCGUUUCUAUGUUUUGUAUUUUUGUAUGUCCCCCCUCCCCGCUCCCCGCCGGUGUGGGUGGGCAGGCGGUUUCUGUGCAUGGCGUGCAGUGUGAUGCUGUGCCGAAGCUCUGCAGAACCGUUUGUCUACCACCACUCCGGCGGGGGAAGGGUUUCUUUCUUUUUUUCGUGGCGCAAGGGGAUCGUAUUGAAUUCGGGGAGGAAAACAUAUGUACAACGUUUUGUUUUGUCAACAACAGAGAGGAACAGAAAGACAGGAUCGAAAUUUCACGCAAACUGUGUUAUAGAUUAGGGUCAGGGAAGGCAAUUUAAACAAAAAAAAGAAACACACACUCUCUUAAUACAUUUUAAAUGCACUGUAUUUCAUGUUCAAAUACGUUUCAUUCUAAACAACCAUAAGGCACAAAUCGGGCAGCGAACGAAUUCAAUACGAUAGUGAUGGCGUAAUACACAUAAAUACAUCCAGAAAGGAAUAUGAAGAUUUUGAUCACAGAAAAUAAAACCCCCCCGUUUGUUUAUUCAAAUAUAUAUAUUUUUAUCGGUAAACCCUAUACCGAACGGGGAAAGAAAA